GGCUCCAACCACUGGAGGGAGAGCAGUGGGUCUGGAAUCAGCAGACCUCCCACUAUAGCUCUGGCUUCCUUACUUUUUAGCUUUGCGCGAAUUUCAUCCUGAACCUGAGCCUCAGGGUUUUCAUCUGGAAAGUGGGGAAACAUGAGACCUCAGAGGAUGGUUUUUUUUUCAUCAGGUCAAAUACCAUAAUGAAGCGAGAGGGCCUUUCCACCCCCAUUGGCAUAGAAAGGUUCACAAGGUUUAUGAUUAGCAAAGUGGUGGUUCUCAGUGAUCUCAUCCCAGAAGCUGGCAGAAGAUGUGAGAGCAGAGGGUCGUGUUCAGACAGAGCGCCAAGUGUCCGGCACACCAGGAAGCGGCGGGAAAAGGCCAUUGGUGAAGGCCGCGUGGUGUACGUUCGAAAUCUCUCCAGUGACAUGAGCUCCCGUGAACUGAAGAGGCGCUUCGAGGUGUUUGGCGAGAUUGUGGAGUGCCAGGUGCUCACGAGAAGCAAGAGAGGCGAGAAGUACGGCUUCAUCACCUACCGGUGUUCCGAGCACGCCGCCCUCUCUCUGAGGAACGGCGCUGCCCUGCGGAAACGCAGCGAGCCCUCCUUCCAGCUGAGCUACGGGGGGCUCCGGCACUUCUGCUGGCCCCGCUACACUGACUAUGAUUCUAAUUCAGAAGAGGCCCUGCCUGCAUCAGUGAAAACCAAGUACGAAGCCAUGGAUUUUGACAGCUUACUGAAGGAGGCCCAGCAGAGCCUGCACUGAUAACAGCCUUAACCUUCGAGGAAUACCUCAAUACCUCAGACAAGGCCCUUCCAAUAUGUUUACGUUUUCAAAGAAAUUAAGUAUAUGAGAAGGAGAGAGAGCGAAUGCGUGAGAGAGAGAGAGAGAGAGAGAGAGAGAGAGAGAGAGAGACUUGGAACUGCUGUCCUUUUAAAACAAACAAAAAAAUCAAUGUUUACAUUGAACAAAGCUGCUUCUGUCUGUGAGUUUCCAUGGUGUUGACGUUCCACUGCCACAUUAGUGUCCUCGCUUCUGACGGGUUGUCCUGGGUGCGCUCCAGACGCUGAGUCCGUCACCCGCCUCCCCUUCCUCCCCGACCGACGUCCCCUCGUAGACGUGCAGCUGUGUUCACCAUACCAUUUCUUGUCUGUAGUGUGUGAUGAUGAAAUCGUUACUUGUGAAUAGAAUCAGGAUUAUAAACUCAUUUUUAACUGAAGAAAAAAAAGUAUAUCCUUAAUGUAUUUAUGGCUCAGAUGUACUGUGCCUGGGAUUAUUGUAUUGCUUCCUUGAUUUUUUAACUAUGCACUGUCUUGAGGUGUUUGCCACUGAGCUGCACUGCUCCCUUUGCCAGAAUGCCCCAGAGGUGCUGGGUGGCCGGAAGCCUGGUCACUGGGGAGGUGUGGCAUGCAGCCACAGCUAGGAGGAAUGGAGAGAGGUUUCUGGGCCUCUUCUGCUGAGUGCUGCCUUGUCUCUCAUUGAGCAAGUUUGGAUCCAUUUACAAUCAGAGCCCUCACCUGGUGUCCAGCUCACGCUUAGAAUUUGUGCCUGGCCGUGAGUGCUCAGAUCCUUGCGGACCUUGGAAGGAAGGUGGGGUGAGCUGCGUUAUUCCUGUUUUCCAGGCAGCGCCCCAAGAGGCGAAAUGACUUACCCAGGGUCCCACGACCAGUGAGACUACAGAGGAACGGCCCAGCCUGGGCCUAUCCUAGGGUAAAGAGGCAAAGUUGCAAGGACUGGUAGAGGUGGGUUCAGCUAAAAAGGACAACAGGCUAGACGCUUCCAGGCUCAUUUUGUGGGGGUAAGUCAAUGGCUGCCUCACCAGCAUGGGACAAGUGUAGGCUCUGGCACCAGUCUUGAUCCAAGGGGUCCUGUGGUUUGCUUACAGCUGUGGACAUGCCAUCACAGCUUCAGUGACACACCUGGGGUGACCCAGAGAGGCAACCUGGGAGCGAUCAUUCAUCCUUUUUGGGCCAGUCACCAGCCCAUCCUCCUUCAGCUUGACUUCCCUUUUCUUCACCUGUAAAGUUGUUUUGGUGGCAUGGGACAGGGGUGUAGCAGGAGGGAGACAUGAGGGAUGGGGAUGGACAAGACAAUCUCCAAGCUCCUCUCCGACUUAGAAAACGUUCAUUGGGCUUUACUUUAAAAUUUGCGUUCUUGAGUGAUGUCAAAGCCAUGUCCAGCUUGGAUGUUCUGCAGGUGCCUUGGGGGCCAUUUGUGAGGGAGAGCAUGGCCAGGCGGGGUAAGAGUGCAUUGCUUCUGCUUUAGACAGAGCGGCUCCAACUUGGUCUCUUUCACACAUCAGGGUUCCUUGGGAAAUUUUUGUGUUUAAAAGAAAAAAAAAAGCAAAAAGGUCCUGCUGCUUAAAAAAAGUUUGAACUUGACUCAUUUAACUAAACGAGGUGAUUUAAUCUAUUAUUAAUGCCGGGCCUAGUUCUUUGGGAAUUGGUAGUUAUGGGGUUUUGGUUUGUUUGUUUGUUUUUAAGAUUAUAAAAUACCUCAGUAGGUUAACUGGGCCGAUGAACCUGUCCUGAGAGGUGAGCAUACUCCAAGCCCACAGAGAAGGUUGGAGGAGACAGGCGUUAGAGGAACAGGGAAUUUGAGUUCCUGUGUAUCAAGUCACUUCACCUUUCUGGGCCCCAGUUGUCUUUUCUGUGUAAUGGGCUGAGGGGGAGAAUUAGGCAAGUUGAUCUCUAAGGUCCUUGCCAGGUCUGAUAGUCUUAGCUUCUCCUAAGGUGGUAUCUAGCAAAUACAUAGUGGCAUAUGGGCCACUACUCCCAUGUCCUCGGCCAGUAGCAGACAUAACUAAUCAACCACAGUACUCAUGUUCUUUGAGCUUGGUCAUGCUAUUAGAAUCCUCAGCACAGUGUUCCGAGCAGCCAUUACUAACUGAUCAGAGUUUAUCCUGUUUAACCUUCUGGUCUAAUCUUUGAAUGGUUUCUGUUAUACAGAACUAUAUGGUGGCUGGGUUUCAUGCUGGCCCAUCCCUGAUCUAUGAGAGAAAAUUCCCCUAAAGCCCUUCCUUGGCACAGGACUCCCAAUACUACUCUGACACAAUCCCACUUGGGGGUGGGGGCCAAGUGGAAUAGUGGGCAGGAACAUGUUUGGGGAAGGCAGGGUUUAUGAGGAUGGACCAAAAGGGGACUUUCCACAGCACGGACCUACACAUUCUAAAUUCCUUUUAUAGCUGUUCACUGCCUAGCAUACAGUAGGCACACAAUAAAUGGUUAUGGAAUAGAAUGGAAUGGAAUAGAAUUUAAAUCCACCUGAUGCCUCCCCUAAGUCCUGAUUUGCACCAAGGAGUAAACUGAGAUUUCAUCCUGUGGAAAAAGUAGGAAGGAACUCUACAUUCAGAGUCUGGAGAACUGGGUUGAGUCCUGGCUCUGCCAAAAAACUAUCUUUGUGACUUUGAUAAGUCAGAGUCCCUUCCUCUCCCUGAGCCUUGGUGUGCCAGGAGUCGGACUAGAUGAUCUCUAAGCCCCUCCUAUUUGCUUCUUCCUUGAUUGCACUAGCCUAGAGAUUCUACCUUGAGAAGAUGGUACCUUAGGGUAAAGAAAUGCAGAUUUUUAGUGAAGGACAAGUCUGUCCCCUCUUCUGGGUCAGCUGAAGCUGCCCUUUCACUUCAGAUUAAUACAAGGCACUUGAAGGUAGUUAGACAUUGGCUCUUGAGUGUAGUACUGGGACGUGAUAUGCCUAAGGUCGGGGCUGGGGCCCGCUGAUGGGAGAGGGUGCCUGCCAAAGGCAUCAAGAAGUUUCUUCUCUCCAUCCCGUACAUAAAAGGCUGCAAGUUCUAAAAUUGACCAACCCUGCAGACAACCUCCAUCCGGAAGACUCAUUCGGUGCUCUGUAUUAUUUACCAAGGAGACUCCAAGGUCUCUCCAGGACAACUAGUCAACCUUGGUCUCUUUCCCACCAAAUUAAGGAGUAACCCAGAGGGAGCAGCUGCCAUUGGCAACCAUCUCAUUGUAGCUCUGUCCUAGUAUGUGCCCUUGAUCAUGUUUACAUGUGAUUGCCAUAAAAGCUUACAGUAGACUGUGUCGGUAGCCACCCACGCAAGGCAGGUUGUACUGUCCAUCUCUGUGCCGUGCUGGUGUUUUCCAAAUAUGUCCGAUCUAAACGCUAAGUGGAAUUCUUCCAUCUCCUUCCUCAGUCGGUACAGGCUGAAUCAGAAUCCUCACUCCUGGGGGCUCUGGUUACCGAAGGAAAAUGCAUCAAAGAAGUAAAGAAUAUGAGUGGAUGGAGUGCAGCUACGGCGGUGACCCCCUUCCCCCCCAUCAUACCUUGCCCCCCAACCAGAACACUGCUUUGAGACCCAAAACACCAGUCAGGUGUCUGCAUCUGCUACUCAGAUUCCCAUCCUGGAGCAUGAGGAAUCCAUCACUAACCCACGAAACCAAUUCCAUUCUCUGACUGCCCAGCUCACAUUCAAGGUGAGAGUUCUCUGCAAGGUAACCAACCCGCGGUGGAUUCAGACCCACAUGGUCCUGGCCGAGUUACCUUAUAUGAGGAGGCCAGCUCCCCAGGACAGAUCUAAGCCAUAGUUUCUGGUGGGGUGGUGAGAAGUAAACCCCAGCUUGGCUAGGUGGCGAUGUCUAGUCUCACACGAGCCUCGUCAUUGUCCCCGCCGAACAGCUUUCAGUCCGAAUGUUGUGAGCACUUGGCUGUUUCUCUCUUGCUCGCAGACAAUACUAGCAAUACACUUGUUUUUUCAAAACAGCUUAACUUAGGCACUUUUCACACAUUUCUUUCAAAUGAUUGUAAAACAUAUGGGGCAACAGGAGGCAUGGAUCACACUGCAUAUGUUUAGGGCAACUUUUGUUUUUUGUUUCAUUAUAGCAGCGGUGACUGAGGCUUCAAGAUUGGGGGACAGACUUUUAGGUACUCCAUUUCAUCAGAAUGCCUUGCACAUUCAGAAGCAGCACAGAAAUCCAACUGCCCGAACUGGGGGCUCGGAAAAUAGGGUUUUGCAGGUGGUCAUUCCCUGGGCUGUGCAAGUGUCUCAGAGACAUGUUUUAUAGCCAGAACCCCCUCUCUGCUGUACGUUUUGUCAAAGGAUCCUCCAAGCCUCCUUUUUCACUUUGCCAGCCUUGCUCAUGGGUGACUUUUGAAGGGACUGGGCAUCUUCCACCUCAGCACUUUGCCUUAUCAACGUCUAGCCGCCAUCUAGUGGCCAAAGACUGUAUCUACCAGCUACCCAGAUGGAAGGCAAAUAAAUCCUUUUGGCUACCUUGCUGUCCAACACCAACUUUGGGAAUGAAAUGCAAGGUCAUGAGCAAACUGUGUGUUUAGAGCACAGUGUAACACCAGUCAGAAGCCCCAGAAGCAGCCACGCAGACUGAGAAGUGAUGCACUAGCUAUCCUGUUGGCAGCAGAGACAGGAGUGGACCCUGUACCCAGGUGCCCAGGAGGGGUUUACUGUAACUGCAAUACUGGCAGCGCAGCUGCUGACCUUGUUAAGUGAACCUCUGCUCUGUGCCCCCCACUGGACCCUCGGGACAAGCAAAGAGGUUGAAUGUGAGGAUUCUGUGGGGGGCCUGGCCAUGGCCUUUGGUAUGGUCCACCGAAUAGCCAAAUAGAUUUUUUUGUUUGUUUGGUUUUGUAUUUAAAAAUCUUGUCAAGUGUUUUUGUGUUAGGAAUAAAAAGUCAUAAACUACUCCCAACUUUGUUUCUGGAGGAAUGUUGUGAUUCCAGCGGAAAGAGGUUGGAAAUCUCAAGGGGUGUGCGGUCAGAGUGGUCAGUGGACCAGGGAAGUGGACCACUUGGAUUUCCAAAUGGUUUCUGGGGAAGGUGACCAUCCAGAAGUCUGGCUCAGUGCGGUCUGCUCCGGAAAUUCACACCCACCCCCUUCACCUACUUGUGCCAUGGUAUUAGCAUUGGUUUGGGACAUCUGCUUCUUCCAGAGGCAGCUGCUAAUGUUGAAACCAACACAAGAUUCCUCUCCCCAGCCCCAGGUUUCUAAAGAAACAGUGUCUGUAGCUAGCCUUAAUCGACUGGGCAAGGUGGUCCCUAUGGUCCCUUCCAGCAUUUCCAAAUAUUGGACUCAAACCCUUUUCUCUUAGUGUGACCAUGCAGCCUAGAGAAUUCUGAGCAAUAGGAAGCCAGGGCUUUCCCUGGCUCUGUGACAGGGUCAAACCAGGGAAUGACUAACCUUGUGAGGUUUGGGCAUCCCCAGGGGUACUACUGUAGGGGGCAUUAUUUAUUAGGAAGCUCAACAAGGUAACUACAGCCUGGGGUGCGUGAGCGCAAGGUUGUGUGUGUGUGUGUGUGUGUGCGCGCGCGUGUGUGCACGCCUGUGUUUGUGUGUGUGUGGAAUUACAUUGAUGCAUUUCUUGAGAAAGGUGCAAGAAUUUCACCUACACAGAGGGACACAUCUGCUUUGUUAUUUAUAAUAGAAAGCUAAAAUUUAAUUUUUUAAAGGACACUGCUGAUGAUUGAGAAUCGAGUUUUUAGUUUUGCUAUUUUUUUUAAUUGGUAGAGGAUUUUUUAUAUAUUU